AUUAGAGGAUGCCGAAUGUUGGGAUUAUUUAAGCUCAUAUAUUUUUGUAAAUACUGUAAAGAACUGAACCAUUUUGGGACUGAUAUUCCAUUCAGAGUUCGACGUUAUUUCAGCCAUGGAAAAUACAACUAUGGAAAAUAAAACAUUGAUUGGUGAACUUUACCACACGGGACAAGUCGAAAACUUCUGGGUGCGUGCGAAAAACAAUUCUACAUUUUGGAUACUUGAUGGUCCUCUCAAUGCCAUUAUCUGUAUAACAGUGAUUAUAUUAAACAUUUUAUUUCUAAUCGUUUUACAGAGGAAGGAAAUGCGAUCUGUGACGUCAUUUGUGUUGUCAGCCAUCGCUGUAGCUGAUUUAUCACGUGCCUUGCUUUCUUUACCAGUGUCUCUGUAUAUUUGUGUUCCCUAUUUCAAGAGCUACACGCCUUACCACUGGUGUGUGUAUUUCGGUCUGCCAUUCAUAAUUGUUACCCGGAUGUUGAAUACGUCAUCAGUGUGGUUAACGCUGUAUCUGGGUGUCCUUCGCUACAUUUCAGUUUGCCACCCAAUUAAAGCUAAAAUUUGGUGUCGCUAUAAGAUUGGUAUUCGAGUUGUUAUUAUUGUUUUUGCUAUUUCUUUUUUUGGGUUUGUAUCUGAAUUCUUUAUGACGAAAAUAGUCCUUGUGGCGUUUUGGAACGACGAAGAGAAGGAAGAUUAUUUUACGUUAUGUUUGAUAGUAAUGAAGCAAAGUUAUUUGUAUAUACAAACUAUCCUGGAGAUUAUUUUUGUUCAAAUUAUUCCUUGUGUUGGCAUGUUGUUGAUUACGUGUAAAUUGGUUUAUACCAUCAAGUCCGCGGCAAAGUCGAGAGAAGCCAUGAGUCAACAACUUAGUAGUCGGAAAAAUGAAUCUCACCAAACAACUCUAUUAUUAAUUGCUAUAUUGAUAGCGUUUCUCAUUUGUGAAAUACCACAUACUAUAUUUCAAGUGUUUCUUCUCCUUACUAUCUAUGGUACGUCACACUCGUUCCAUUUCCUGCUUAGAUACAUAAACAUUCUCGAUACAAUACUAAUCCAGAUUUUAUAUACUACCAGUGCUUUUAAUUUCUGUAUUUGCUGUACCAUGGGGACAAAAUUUCGAUUAGCACUAAGAAAAAUCUUGUUUUUCAAUAAAAAGUAAUCUGGGAAAAGGUGUAUUUCUUAGACGUGUAUAGAUUGGUUUCCGAUACUGGAGAUAGUAUUACGACAUAGACCGUGAAAAUAAGUUUGACUCCGUCUCAAACAACCCUUUAGUUUGCGGCGAUCUUCGUCAAAUUGUGGUUAUGGAUGGCUGAUUCCGGUUAAAACGAACUUUCCGCAAAAACAAAAGAGAACACGAGUGGUGAGACCCCGUUUGGUUUUAGAACCAUGGAAUAAAAUUAUAAACAUUAGGUGUCCUACCUAUAAUCUCCGGACCAUAUUUAAAGCCAAAGCGAGCCCAAUACAGUGAACUAUUUUUAUGUUUAGGGCCAAAGUUAUCCUAAUUUGUAGCUCUGAAAUGGCUAUGAGAAAUGUCAUCGUUAAUCAAAUAAUAUUGUUGAUUAAACCAAAAACUGUUUGCAAAAACAAGAGAGCAGAGAAUAGAAAAGAACGAUGUGAUUAGUACGGUGGCUACGGUGGCCCAAAUACGACUUAUAAAUAUUUUGUAAUUUUGGGUUUUGUUUUUUAGU